UGGUAAAAAACUAGAAAUCUUAGAGCAAGAUCCUCUUAUCCUGCAGACUGUUAAUGCCAUUGUAGAAUUAUCCCGAUUUAAACUUGGUACAAUAUCCAAUAAUCUUACACAGCUUUUGGAGGGAACUUUACAAAAAGAAGUGGAUACAUUGUCAAAAAACUCUCCAGAAAUUUCCCCAACCUCUCCAACUGUACAUAAUGAAAUUCCACCCGUAACUAAUAAUCAACAACCCGCUCCUCCUACCUCUAAUUAUAAUGGCAAUGCAAAAAGCUUCAAACCCCCAAAAUCUUGGGAUGAUCCGCCACAGCUAGAAGAAGCUUUGGCAACUUACAUUUUAAACGUUUUAUCUAAAUUUCUUAUUUUAAUGGCUAGUCACGAUGAUGGUAUCCCAGGUGGUGGGACCACGAUUGUUGGUGUUGCUUCUGAAAUUAUUACUGCUGCUAAUGAUCAUACGAUUGAAGCUGCUGAGUUGAGAUUGUUGGAAGUCUCUGAUCUUAAUUCAAAAAGAUUAUCUAUGGUACUACAAGAAUUAUGUGAUUCUAUAAGCACUUUAAGGAAACCUGCUCAAAUUGUAAUGGCUACUGUACUUCGUAAAGCUAUUUGGAACUGGAUCGAAGUAUUCCCUGCUGAGUUUGUUACUUUGUGUCAAACCCAAAAACGAAUGGGCGGUAAUCCUGAGAGACUUUUUGAGAUUUGCAAUAAUUUAGUCUCCAAUAACCCUAAUGGCAUUAAAGCAUUCUGGCCAUUGCAAACUAUGCUGUUGAUUUUAUGCCCUGAUCUUUUGUUUAGUGCUGCUAUGCAUGAUAGGGCCUCUAAUUCAAAUAAAAGG